ACUUUAUAAAAAAGUUUUUUUAUAAACUUUUUGAUUCUUAAUUCUUAUUUUAUAACUGAACAUCUAUUCAACAUUAUCUAUAUAUUUUACCUUCCUAUAUUCCUAUUGGUUCUUUAAGCUUAAGUAGGGAUGUUCAAUCUCCUUAUGGAGGGGGAAGCAAGCUACCUCUAAUGCUGCUCCACCAUUACAUCUAUUCUGGGCUACUCUGUUUUGCCAAUACCCAGAUGUUUGUGCUUUGGGCUGCUAGAUUGUGCCACUACCUGAUUGACUCUCACUGCUGCUGAGGCUUCUUUUUGGCAUCUUUUAGUUUCACAUCUGAAUGCUUUCCUUCUCCUCUAGACCCCUGGAUUUUAUGACUUAUGCCAAUAGUACCACUGAGAGCAAAAUUGAAGAUUCAGGAUAGGUUUCAGACAUGCAUGACAGAGUUCUCUAUUACACCGCAGAAUACAGUGCCAAAUAAUUGAUGCUUUCGAGUUGUGGUAUUGAAGGAGACUCUUAAGAGUCAUUUGGACUGCAAGGAAAUCAAAUUAGUCAAUCCUAAAGGAAAUCAACACUGACUGGUCUUUGAAAGGACUGAUACUGAGGCUGGAACUCAAAAACUUUGUCCACUUAAUGAGAAGUGAGGAUUUAUUGGAUGUUGGGAAAGAUUGAAGGCAAAAGGAGAAGAGGACAGCAGAGAUAGUGUCAUCAAUGCAAUGAACAUGAAUUUGGUCAAACUCCAGGACACAGUGGAGGAAAGAGGAGCCUGGCAUGCUGUGGGCCAUUAGAGUUGGAUAUAACUUAACUUGGAUACGAUUUAAUGACUGAAUAACAACGCCCUAAAAAGAACACUUCUGACUGCAUCUGUGCACAAGAAUUACUACAAUAUCCAAAAGACUGACACUUUUCAGUCAUUUUCAAUUUAAAAAAAAUUGCAUGAAAGAAAACUUUUCCUAUUUUAAUAGCAUUACAACUUCCAAUAUAUUGUUAUCUUCAGCAUUUUUGUAAUUACAUUGUAAUCAUCUUUACUGGACCCUAGUAUUUCCACGCACGCGCUCACGCACAGAAUUUGGGGCAAGGCAGCUAGGGCUGUAUAAUCCUCAAUAUUCCGACAGUCAGAAACGGACUAAUUUCUUCCCGAUAAACACGUUCUGCUAAGAAAGUAAGCCGAAAGCGCUUGCUUGUUUCUUGGGAGCAUUUCUAAAGCUGUUCCGUUUCCAGGGUCCCGGCUCCAAACCUGAGUAACUGAGAAAUCCCUUGAUUCCCUUGCGCAGAUGCCUCCGAGUGGGAAAUCAGCUGCUAGGCCCACGCAACUGCGAGGAAAAAGGCUGCUCCAUCUCCGCUACCCUCCCAGCCUUUCGUAAGCGGAUGAAUACGUGGUCUUGGAAUGCUGGAUACCCAAGGGGCAGAUUAUUUUUGUGGGCGGGCGGCUGCGCUCUUUGCACCGCGAGAUGCAAGAAAGAGCCGUCUUCUCUCCUAUUUUACUUAGAAACCACUUACUGAAAGGCGAGGGGGGCGAGUGUCUCUUCCGAGUGCCAACAAACGUAUCCUUUUUAUCUCUCUCUCUCUCUCUCGACGCAAACUACGAACCCCCACAGAACUACUUUGUCACGGGGAGAGAGACGAAAAGGAAAGGGGCGGGGCAGCGACAGAGGCGCGUCAUCCCGCUGAGUAAGAUGUCAGGCACCGCUUUGCGCAAGCGGAUGCGGGCGUUUGCCAGGAGUAGUUCCGGUUGAGAACGCCGACGCCGCUCCGCUUUACCUGGCUUGACAUGCCGGCGGCCGCUGAUUGGCUGAGCUGGCGCGCCGGCUUCGCCCAGUCGCCGUGACUGAGGAGGAGGGAGAGAGAGAGAGAGAGAGCCAGCUAGGAGCGGCAGGAGGGGAAAUAGGAAGCACCGCUAUCACCGCCGCUCUCGGGUUACCGGCUGCCGCUGGAGUUCUUCCUCUGGGUCGUCCGAGCGCGCCGGCCGCCUCCGGCCCUCCUGCUCUCUCUCGCCGCUCCUCUCUUCACCUCUCCGCUUGUUCUUUUCCCCCUUCCUCCCCCGUCCAUUCGCCCUUCUCCCCUUCGCCAUGUCCACCCGCUCCUGCCGGGAAAAGGCGCAGAAGCAGAACGAGCAGCACCAGGCCAUCCUGGCCAAGCUCUUGCGAGAGGAGGACAACAAGUACUGCGCGGACUGUGAGGCCAAAGGUCCACGAUGGGCUUCCUGGAAUACAGGUGUCUUUAUUUGUAUCAGAUGUGCUGGAAUACAUCGAAAUUUGGGAGUGCAUAUAUCCAGAGUCAAAUCUGUCAAUUUGGACCAAUGGACACCAGAACAAAUACAGUGCAUGCAGGAGAUGGGAAAUACCAAGGCAAGAUUACUUUAUGAAGCUAAUUUACCAGAGAACUUUCGAAGACCUCAAACAGAUCAAGCUGUGGAGUUUUUUAUCAGGGAUAAAUAUGAGAAGAAAAAAUACUAUGACAAAAAUGCCAUCCAUGUCACCAGUAUGUCUUCCUCUGAUGCUGCUCAACCUCAAACAUCUUCUCCUUCUCUGCAAGCUGCCUCUGAGCAAAGCAAAAUGGAGAAGGAAAAAGAAAAGAAGAAAGAAGAGAAAAAAAGGGACAAAGAACCAGAAAAAACUUUGAAAAACUUAGGAAUUGAAAAACCUCAGAAGAAAGAAGACCAGCAACUUGAUCUUAAAACAAGUCCUAAGAAAGUAUCAGAAUCAACUGUUGAUCUUCUGGGGCUUGAUGGUCCUGCUGAUUCCUCUGUUACAAACGGAAGUACUAUCGCUCCUGCCCCAGUUCUGAAUGAUGAUGACCUGGAUAUAUUUGGCCCAAUGAUCUCUAAUCCUUUGCCAGCCACAUCUAUACCACCUGCUCAGAGUGCUUCCACCAACCCAGCGGCUGCCACGUUAUGUGCUGCAUCUGGAGAUCUUGAUCUGUUUACCGAACAAACAAAACUGGAAGAGUCAGCAAAGAAGCCGCUCUCCAAGGAUUCCAUCUUGUCCUUGUAUGGCACGAGCACUCUUCCCCAGCAGAAUGCCCCAGGAGUCUUCAUGGGGCCCCAGCCGCUACCCUUUGCCGCCCAGCCCUCGGCUCAUUUUCCAACGUUUCCAGCCAUGGGAGGCCCCGUGCCUCUGCCUCUGCCUGUACCGGUGCCAUCGACCCCCGCAAUGAUGGCAAACAUGAUGGCUCCAUCGGUGCCUGUAAUUGGACAGAACGUAGGCAUGAUGGUGGGCAUGGGAAUGCCAAAUGGCUUUUCAGUCACUACACAAACUGCUGGUUUGGGACUCCCUCAAAACCUCGGUGGGCCCCAAGGAACAGUAUUGGGACAGAUACCCCAGCCACAGAAAUACGGCAUUCAGCCGCAAACACAACAAACUCAGUGGAACCUUUCACAGAUGAAUCAGCAAAUGGCUGGAAUGACUCUGAAUAGUUCCAAUAAUAUGAUGGGCUUUGGCCAACCACCAAACACAAUGGCAGGAUGGACUGGAAGUUCUUCGGGCCAAACCCUCAGUACACAACUCUGGAAGUGAAAAGGCAAUAGAAGUUUAAAUCAAGAGACCCGACAUUCCAUGCCCGAAUACAUCUAGUUUCCCUGUUCUGUCCAUGUACACUACCCGUUCCUCCAAUUUCAAACAUUCAUUUUAAAAGUAAUCUUAACUGACCGUGUUGUGGUCUGUACUGACUUCAAUUCUGAUGUAGUGAAAAGCAAGUUGAAUACAUUGGCAGCUUUCUUCAUUCCACAAUGUUUUGAUUUUGCAAAUUUUACUUUUCAGAAAAGCUACACGACCAACUGCAUACUCAAAUUAUUUUAUCUUGUAGAGCAUUUGUUUCCAUAUAAGGGAAAUAGGUAUCAUGUUAGUGCUAUCUCUAAAAUGUAAACUCCACCUUGCAAAUUACCCAGUGAUCCUGUAGAAGGUACUGUAUGAACAAAACGUUAAUUAUAUAAAUAAGAAUGUACCUUGUAUCAUUGAAAUAUGCAUUUCCUUGUGUGAUAAUGAUUUUGUUUCAUCAUUCAUUUCACUGUGAUAUUAUAAUGGUGUGAUGAGCAGGGAAAAUGGCUCACAAGAGAGAGAUAAACCUGGAGGGAACUGCUACUCCAUCAAUUUUCUUUCCACUGUUUUGAGUUGCCCGUGUCAAAAGAAGCUGGUUUGACCAACAGAGAACUGUACAGGAUUAAUCAGCAGUGUACUGCACAGCAUCUAUGCAGGGUAACUCAAAUUAUAUAUUUAAUUUUGUCAUUGCAGUUGUAUCCAGGUUUCUGCCAGUAAAUUGUGUUUACAUUUUAUGGUGCCUCAUAUUGAUAAGCAGUUGCUUCCCUAUAUUAAAGAAAUCCAUAAACAUUGUGUAAUUAUUUUA